GUAUGACUAUCACGUUCGAUGUGUUUGUUUAUGCUACUGUUAUCGGUGACUGUUAUUGCUAUUCGCCUUGGUUUAUUGACGGAAGUGGGAACUGGUAGCGGUUUUUGUUUGUAUGUGUAGUAGUUUUCAUUUCUGCAGCCAAUUUCCGCUUAAGAAGGCGAAGAAUCUGCAGAAAGUCGGAAGGUGUUUCGACUAUAUAAUGUCGCUUAAAUAUAAACUUGGUUUACUACAGAUAUCAACACCUUUUUAAAGACACCAGUAGUAACAGGUGACACUGAACGUCGACAUGAAUAAAUACCGACAGUUUCAAGAACUGAGGGACAAGUUUAGUAACGUACAGUUCGCCCGGUGCUUAAGUAAUUAGCAUUAUGCCAUGAAUACACGGGUGAGUGGGGUUAUAGCUCCGUCAUUCUUGACCUCGGCACUAGAUGGAGGCUAAGGAACGGAUCAUCAGAAAUGCACCACAUACAAUGUAGUGUCAGAAAAUUAAAGCAUCCAGAUAUAUUAAUAUAAUGCCAAAUAAAGUGAAAUAAGUCUGUUGUAACAGACUUUCCCUGUAUGUGUUCACGUUUACUAGAAUCUAUAGCAGAUACAGAGUUCCAUGCAUAUCCCAGCCUAGAGCUAACCAGUCAGGGAUUCCACAGAGGAAGAGGUGGUGAUUUGAAAUAAGUCCAUCAAUUUCAUGGCAAACAAAUAAAAAAGUCAACAAGAUGAUGGAAAUAAACUUUGCAGUCAUUGUAUAGUCUUUCUAGUUGGCACAGUUCUUGCAUUGGGAGUCAGUAAGUGUAACUGAUAAAUGAGUAUGUUUGUUCCAUAGUAAGAGAAACAACUCAUUUUUUUUAUACAGAGUUUGACAAAAUUAGCCAAAAACCAGUUGUGUACACAUUCAGUGCUGCAGUCAAGUGGCUAACGUUUUUGUUUCAUAAGUGGGAGCACCAGGUUCAAAUCUCUGCCUGGAGACUGGUUAUUCCAACUGAGGUGUUUUGUGAUUUGCCGCAGUACUUCCAGGCAUGCUUGUUGAUUUUUUAGUCAAGAUUUUCAUUGGCACUUUCCAGUUACUUGAAACUGUUCAAGAGUUUUUGUAACAUAUUACAUGUUCCUGAACUACAAUGAUUGUGAUCACAAACUUGUACUGUCCCACAAACGGGUGGUUAGAAAACACUUCUGGUAGCACUGCACUGUAUAUUUUGAAGAGCUGCUGUAUUUUGCCACAUGCCUCCUUCCUGUAGCUCCGUGGAUAUGAUUCUGCGAGAGAGCAUUGGAAGCUGGAGCUGGUUCUCUUUGUUUGUUUGCUGAAGGUACAUGGCUCAUUGUACAUGAUGUGCUAAUUCUAAUUAUACUUGGCUGAAAGGGUGGAUAGAGGAGAUGGGGGAUAGAGAGCAUUGAAGACUGGUUGUAGAGGAGGCCAAGGCUCACCCAGGGCUGUAUUGCCGAGAGCACAGAAAGGAUAAAUCAGAAGAGAAGGCAACAUCUGAUAUGACUUCCCCAUUGUCGGUGUUCAGUGGCUUUGAGUGCACUUACAUUAAACAAGAGGAUUUUGGAAGAGCAGAGAGUGAGGUCAACAUGAAUGAAGAACCCCUAGUAAAUAUGGAGGUAGUGUCAAAUGAAACAGACCCUUUACUGUUCAGAUACAGCAAAGCUGCAGCAACACACCAAAGUCAGGAUGCAUUUCCAGUUACGUGGUGUGAAGUCCAGAAUGUUACAGCUUGUAAAAGGGAGACAACAAGAGGUAGAAGUGUAGAAGAUGGAUCAAGUCCUGAGGGAUUGAAAGCCGAAAGUUGUGCGCGAGCUUCUAAUGAAAUGGAGGGACGUAAUGGAGCAGCAAAUUUUUCACUGCAGGAAGUUGAUGUAUUACAUUUUUUGGAAGACAGCAACAGCGAAUUUCUAGAAGUACAGUCUGGAGGUGGCGAUAGUGAUGCUAAUCCAGUAGAAGGCGAAGGAAAUGAGAAUGAAGUUCAUUUGAGAGACAGCUGGGCAAAGCAUGUCAGAAUUGAUAAUGGUGAUUGGAAAUGGAAAAAUGUAUGUAAUAGUCCAAAAAAUAUUAUAGUUUCUGCAGUAAGUGGGGUAAGUGAAAGAAUUGAGAGGCAGUUUGAACGAAAUCCUAGCGAGAUUAAUGUUUUAGAAAAAUUUCUGACAGAAGAAUUUUGGAUUCAUAUUGCAAGAGAAACGAACAUCCAUGCAGAACUUUCAUUGCAUGACAUUAAGCCAGGUACUGAAACUAAGUGGUUCCCAGUUACUACAGAUGAACUGAAGGCACAUUUUGCUUUGUGUGUGCUAAUGUCCCAAGUAAAGAAGCCCUCACUACAAGAUUAUUGGACAAAGCGUAAGAUUUUGGAAACUCCAGUGUUUAGAGAAACAAUGCCCUUUUCACGUUUCAGGGACAUCAAUAGGUACUUGCACUUCGCUAGUGAUACUGAAAUUGACAAAAUUGAUAGACUGAGAAAAGUAAAACCUAUUAUUAAGUUCUUACAAGAGAAGUACAGAAAUAUGUAUGUACCUGGCCAAAAUAUUGCUAUUAGUGAAAGUAUUAUGAAAUUUAGGGAAAUUCAACAUAAUUCAUCAAGAAGGACUUGUGGGUUAAAAAUUUACAAACUUUGUGAAACAAGCACAGGGUACUGCUGGAAUUUUAAGGUGUAUCAAGGUAAAGCUACUGAUGUAGAAAGUGAGGUGGAUGAGGUGUCUAAAAUGUGGGAUAGUGAGAUUACUGUACUUAAGCUUUGUGAAAAACUACUGAAAGGAGGAAGAACAAUAUACAUGGACAUUUGGUGCUCUUCACCUUCGCUGUUCAAAUACCUGCUGGACAGAGACACUCAUGCCAUCGGUACUGUAUGGGCAAGGAGGAAAUUUAUGCCUGCAAUUUGGAAAGACAUUAAACUUGAGAGGGGAGAACUGACAUUUGCUUCCUCGAAUGGAAUCCUUGCUGUCAAGUGGAGACACAAAAAGGAUGUACACAUGCUGAGUACAAAACAUGAGCGACCGGAUAUGGAAGAAACACAUGGACAAGAUGGAGGUGUCAUGCUGAAACCAAAUUGCGUUGUGGAGUACAUCUCUGUUAUGGGUGGAGUCUAUGCUCAUGAUCAACAGUUGGGAUCAUUUCCAGUAGUGAGAAGGUACUGUCAAGGCUACAAGAAGUUAUACUUUUACCUGCUCGAUAUGACAAUGCUAAAUGCCAGCAUUAUCCACCGUGCUUUAAAUCCUCAAAAGAAGAGAGAAAGAUACACAUCCUUCAGGGUCAACAUAGCGGAAGAAAUGCUCUUGAAGAUCAAAUUACCAAGUUAUCCCACUAGGGGUUGCCUUAGCCAAGGAAACAAACCUCUCAGGCUCCAAAGCAUGCAAUGGGCCCAUUUCCCUUCAAAAAUACCACCAACCAACAAGAAGGCAGCUCCUUCAAGACGUUGUAAAGUGUGUAGCACUCGUGGAGUUCGUAAAGAAACUUGUUAUGAAUGUGAACAGUGCAAAAUUGCCCUGCAUGUUGACGACUGUUUUAAGAUAUACCACACCAGUGUGCUGUUGUAGAUGAAUAUGGUAAUAUAGGUGACAAUUGAAAAUUGGGUUGUUGAGAAAGGUAAGACUACUUACUAAAGCAAGUGUCCUUAAAGUGUAUAAGUUUACAUCCCACAGUUUGAUUAUGUAAGAAUUAUUACAACAAAUGUUUGAUGAAAAUUGAGGCAAGACUGAAGAGCUGAAGACAUGAUACUGUCAGUUAAGUGCAGUUGAUUUUAUAGGGGUAGAAAGUGGAAGCUUGUGAAUAUGCUAAUUGGUGAAGACUACUUUUUUUCAGGGCUGUGAUGCCAUAUAGUUUGGUAGAUAGGUACCAACAUUUUGGAAAAACUUGCUAUCUUCCUGCCUUGAAGGUGGAGGCAACAGGUUCCUCCAGGACAUUGCUACCUAUGUACCAAAUAGCAGACUAAAUGAUGUCAUACCCCAGAAGGCAGUAAUCUUAGUCACCAUUGUGAGAAUCAGAAAUCUUGCAUAAUAAUUGGUGUUAGUAGGUUUCGGUAGCCAAUAGUAAGAAGUCCAGUGGUGGGAGAAAAGAAGGCUGAUGAGAGGUUUGAUACACCGUUAGGUGAUAUUCAUGACAGCAGGAUCCAGGAUCUUGGGGUCUAAUUACAGUGAGCUUUCCAGUUAGGAUAAAUGUUAACUGAAUCGUCAAAUCUUGGAUUCCAGCUUGGUAUAAAUAAUAACCUACACUAUUUUCUCUUGUUUCCAUGUCAUUUUCUUCAUUUUGGUCCACAGAGUGACUGUAUUAAUCAACAUUUUCCAGCUGCCAAAUUUAAGUUAUAGUCAGCAUCAAGAAAUUGGAUUUUUCAUGAUCUUGCUGCAGGUUCAACAGAGCAGUGUCAUCAGCUUUGCUUUGGUAAGCACAUGCUGUCAGUUGCCUGCUGUCAUAACUUUAGGAAAAGAUGUAAGAAGCAUGGAGGGAUACAGGAAGAGGUAUUUGUAGAAGGGUUUGGCAAAGACAUUAUUGCUUCCAUAGUUUUAGAUCUAAGUACGUACGUGUUACAUCCCAUAGUACAAGUAAUAGCAGCAGUAGUUAUCAGGACUGUACAUACUUGGGUUGCAGUUUCUGUAGUACGAAUGCGGUUCAAAUGAAACCUGUGUUGUGCUACUGCCAGCAAAUGUGGCUGGUAUAUUUUACCAGUGCAGUGAAUAAUAUGUAAUUCAAAAGUAAGCAUAAGAUUUUGCCAUUUUUAAAUAAAUAACAUGCCAGAACAAAUUUAUUACUAAGGUACUGUGAUAUUAACAAAGAAAUGAAUACAGUGGUCAGAGCACCAUAUUGAUGUAACAGAUUUAAAUGUUUAGUGUGUUGAAGUGAGAAAUUGUGCAACAUGUUUGCCUUCACUGAUGUGGGUGGGGUUCUGCAAAUGUUGGAACAAUUUUUGACUUGGCCUUGAAGCUCCUCAUUUCUUGAUUGUGGACUGUAGCAUUUUCCAAUAGUGGAAUACUAUACCUAACUGCCAUCUUGUUACAAGUUGUCUUAACAAACUCUUUGGGGAAUUUCAUUCUGUAUACAAAAAAAAAAACUUAGCAUAAUUUUUGUGUAUGAGGCUAUAGGCUUUGGAAAAUGGUCCUCCCUUUUAAACUAUUAAGUUGCAAACAUACCAGCUUUUCCUAAAGAAUAAUACUUGAAUCUUUAUAGCAGUGUACUGUAGAAAGAUAAUAUAUCAUUCACAUGUAUGAAUAUUAAACCAUGUAAAUAUUAUUUUUCUUUGUAAGAUGGA